AUGUGGCUCAAAAUUCAGAUAUUGCUCUUAUAUUGCAUUGCCAGUGAAGUUUUGAAGGCAAAGCAUCUUGAUUCUAGAAGAAAUGUCCCCCAAGGACUUUACUCUGUAGAAGACAGUGGUUCUGCUAAGUGGAACAGGAUUAAAAGGAGUCCGUAUCAGGGAAGGUCCUGCAGAAUACGAGGCUGUUGCACAGGAAGAGAUGAUGACUGCAGCUUUGCCAUUGUCUCCAGAGGAGCUAUAUGUUACUGUGACCAGUACUGCACCUCAGGCUCUCCUGGGCCUGUGGACUGUUGUGCUGACUACUGGGAUGUCUGCAACCACCCUGUGGAGCCCACCAGGUCAGAGGAGCCUUGGCCUCCUCCAGCAUGGGGUUGUUAUAAAGAUGGCCGAUAUUACGGAGAAGGAGCAAUAAUUAAAGACAACUGCAAUUCCUGCAAAUGUAUCAACAGUCUCUGGAAAUGUUCAACGGACGUAUGCCUUGUUCGCCAAGACUUAAUUCAGCGCAUCAAUUCUGGAGAUUAUGGAUGGAAAGCUGACAACUACAGUCAGUUCUGGGGAAUGACAGUGGAAGAAGGUUUCAAAAAGCGCCUGGGCACCUUCCCUCCAUCUCAUUCUUUGCUGAAUAUGAGAGAAGCUCCUGGAAAGUCACUUCCAGAAGAAAAGUUUCCUGCAAUUUUUUCGGCCACUUAUGAGUGGCCUGAGUGGAUUCAUGAUCCUUUGGAUCAGCGAAACUGUGGAGCAUCCUGGGCUUUUUCAACCGCAAGCGUUGCGGCAGAUAGAAUAGCCAUUCAGUCAAAGGGUCAGAUCACAGACAACCUUUCUGCUCAGAACUUGAUCUCUUGUGAUACCAGGAAUCAACACGGAUGUAAUGGUGGAAGUAUUGAUGGUGCCUGGAGAUACCUGAAAAUGCAUGGGGUUGUAUCGUAUGCUUGUUACCCAUCGUUUUGGAACAAACACCUGGGGCCAUCAGCUGAAAAUCAGUGUUAUGUGUCAAGUGAAUAUGGAAAAAACCAUACAAAUGGUCCAUGUCCCAAUGCUUUUGAAAAAUCCAAUCGGUUAUACCGGUGUGCUUCUCACUACAGGGUGUCCUCAAAAGAAACUGAUAUAAUGAAAGAAAUCAUGGACAGAGGACCGGUGCAAGCUAUAAUGAAGGUGUAUGAUGAUUUUUUCCUUUACAAAGAGGGAAUAUAUCGACAUUCUCAGAAAGCAGGAUCUAAAUGGAAAACUCAUUCAGUCAAACUCCUUGGGUGGGGAGCAUUACCUGACAGAAAUGGACAGAAACAGAAGUUCUGGAUUGCUGCAAAUUCCUGGGGAAAAUCCUGGGGAGAAAAUGGUUAUUUUAGGAUUCUACGUGGACAAAAUGAGUGUGAUAUUGAGAAGCUGAUUUUAGCUACUUUAGGACAGCCAUAG